CGGGUGACGGUGAGGACGGGGCGUCAGGCGCCACGGUGACGAGGCACGUUGGGUUGCAGGGCAGGAGCUGUGGCGGCUUCCUCGGCUGAACAAACAUUCGGCUGUGGAUUUUAAUCGGCCGCGGCCGCCCUCUUCAGUAGCUGUCCACAUCCUGGUGUGGAGCAAUCGUAGCAGCAAUGGCCGUCAACUUCGGGAGUGGAUACCUGAACAACAGCGAAUGUCCGCCAGUCAUCAAGGCUCCAACAACCAGAGAGCUCAUAGACGAUCUCGGUGGGUACGUCAUAGCCCUCUGGACGAUAGCAUCUCUAAUUGUGCUGCUAUUGUGCGGGCUUCUCGUGAAGACGACGAUAAUCGUCAACAAGGAUGCACCAAGACAAUGGCGGCGCAAAAUCGUCUGGAUUAAUGCGAUCUAUCCGUUUGUGAGCCUGAUGUGCCUGUGCAGUCUCAUCGUUCCAGCGUCCAGCAGCCUUCUAGCAGCCGUGGCAAUCAUUUUCAUGAGCAACGGCGUGUCGAAGUUUGUGGAUCUGUGUAUGAUGUACUUCGGCGGAGAGACCAAGCUCCUGGAGGCGGUGGAGGAGAUGACCGUGCCGCUCACCAAGCCGCCCGCCUGCUGCUGCGGUCUCUGCUGCCCGCGUCCCAUCCUGACCAAACGCUACCUGAAGGCGAUGAAGAUGAUGGUGCACCAGCUGCCCUUCACGCAGAGCGCCUACUGCCUGAUGUCGCUGUACCUGUUCGCCGCGCAGCUUACUCAGCCGGGUCAGAUUGCCUACAAUGAUGCCUUCAUAUACCUGACAGCAGUUAACGUGCUAUCAUUUAUGCUUGCCAUGUACAGCCUUGCGAUGUUGCUAGAAAUAACGAAAGGAAAACUGGCGCAAUUCCGUUAUACGCCCAAGUCUUUUUUGAUCAAGGUCACGCUCGUUCUGGUGAAGGUCCAGGACAUCGUCUUCAAUCUCCUCGUUCAUUAUGGUGGGAUUCCUGAGACCCCAUCAAUGACUCCGGCAACCUACGGAGCCUUCAUCCGUGACAUUAUGGUCCUGCUGGAGAUGUUGCUGUUUGGGCUGCUGACCCACAAGCUAUACAACGUCCCCGACCAGUACGAGGGUACCAUGGACGCCGAAGACAAUGUCAUUGGGAAGACAAUGAUGGGCGACGAAAACGAUUGAGCUUCUGUAAGGACAGCCCUACGGCUGAGGUUACGGGAGGCUACCUGUUUUGUACAAAAGUUUUCAAGACCAAUAUGGGUCUUCCGGAUGUUUUCGUGUUUGAAUUGAAUGUCAUAAGAGGAACGGACACAUUGUGCUAUUGGGCGUGCAUGAUGAAAACAGGAUCUUUUAUGUGCAAACCCUUUAAAAAGGUGAUUCCUUUGCUUCGCGCUGGCAUUCCACGUAACGUACAUGGAAACUAGAACAUCUGUUUCGUCACAAACAGACGAAAUAGGAGCACGAAAAUGUGCCAAUGCUACCGCGCAGGUGGGUACAAUGCCUCGAUGCAGGCGCAGAUGCCUUAAACAAUAAAGUUUAUCGCUUUUUCGUUUUCCAGCAUGUCUUCUUCGGCCGACAACAGUUGUAUAUUCAAGAUCACGCAGAGUCCAGCGCUACCACGCACGCUUGUUGUGAAUAAUUCGUUUUCUCUUCCUUUUCUUUUCGUAAUGUCAUAGCUGGAAAGUAAAAGCUUGUCCAUUUUUACUAACAGUAACGACAAUGUCGUGAAGCAUUUUAGAUAGGCCCUUUUCGGUACUUACUCUGUUGUGUUGUACCAAGGAAAUGAGUGCUGCUUUCAAGAGACACACGUCUGCUUUUCUCUCUGAUCCUGCUAGCACAUACAUCUAUUUGUACAUAAGCGCUGAAGCGAUAACGCACACGCACGGAAUCUUCUGCACCGCCUGGUGACUGGGCUGUAACUUGAUCUGGCGCAUGCCUUACGUGGUGUGUUACAAUGUCAAGUUUAUGAAUGUGUUUUGUGGUUGUGUUGUUAGUGCAGCAUUUCUCUUUUGCCACCAUAUUAACUGUCUCGCGAAACGCACGGGCUUGUAGCAAACAGAGUAGACAGUUUAUUCGAUGGUGGCUCGUUCUGUAUUCCUUUGAGACCAGUUGCAAAAAAACGGGCGGCGGAAAGAAGGCCCAUGGAAGUCAUUGAUCGCAUUGUGCCGUGUUUCCGAUGGAUCCGCCAUGAUCCGGGACUUUACGUGAACAAAACUGAGACAUGUCAAACAUGGUGCGUGACUAUGUGUGUCGGUGCGGCCUCUGGCUUCUUCGAGAAAGCCACAUGUUUUAAACCCCAUCCGUAGGGGCCACGUCACACCCAAGCCCGACGAGAGCGGGACGGGGGGAGGACGAGGGCUAAUAUACCCCCUGCUAGCUCUCAAACUAAGGCAGACAGAAGACUGUGGAAGAAAACGACCGUGCUGCUCCUUUUACAAGCUAUCCAGACAUCCAGAUUUUGUGUCAAGUCAAAAGAAGACCUUUCAGGUUACGAUGAUUGUGACGGACGAAAUACACCGCGUUCUUUUUCUUUCGCAAUAUACUUAGUCCACUUGUGUGUACCGUUUUGACUGUCCUUCAAGGUCGCCCCCUCACCUUAUUUAGUGCCUCCUACCUGCUGCUACAUGUCUACUUCACUAUCUGUUACAGGCACGCCUUUCAGAGCCCUGUUUCUUUACCGCUCUUGUUCCCUUGGUGCUCUCGUGGGCACCGGCCCGGCCCGGACAUCGCCGGGCUGGUGUCCAGUGUGUGGGCUCGGUGAUGGCCUGUCCUUGUCGGAGGGCACGCCGCGUCAGUGCUCCAGGGGAAUCCGUGGGAAGCAGUUGCCCACCUGUCCGGGCCGCUGCCCUCAUUCCCUGAGCUUCGUAUCGUUGUUAGCGUUUUUCGUUUGCUUCGUUUCAGUUUCACGUCUUACUCAUAGUCUCUCUUUGGCAGUAAUAUAACUCAAAUAGCCCAUGCUAA